UUUGACACGUCACUCUGUCACAUGACAAGCACUCGAUGUUUCUUCUAUCACGUAAAGACUUGAUGUACUUAUUUACUGUACGCCCUUAAGCCUGCAUAGCACACGUUUGAACACAUUUAAAAUCUUUUUGUGUGUUCCUGCUGAAAGGUGGGGUUAAAAAAGCUAAUGUAAUCAAGUAUUUAAGGAAUUAUUGACUGACGUUAUGCAGUAGUUGAGGUGGUUCCUGACCGUGGCCACUGGGGGGCAGUGGUAUGCCACACGUUGAAAGACGGUGUUGUUGUCUUGCUGGGGGGGAUGGAGCGUGUAAGAGCCGUCAUGGGACCAUGUUUGCUGUUGUCCAGACAGCACGGUGGUCAUAUGAGCAGCAGCAGCAGAAGAAACAGUGAUGGAGGGCUUGUUCCGCUGGAUGAGGUGCUGCUGUGGCGAGGGCGACGCGGCGAGAGAAACAAACAAGGAAGAGGAAGAAAUGGAAGGGCUGGGGAUGGAGCAGAGCGUCGUCAAGAAGAGCAGAAGUUCAUCAUCUCUGCCAGCUGCUCAGUUGGAUCAGGAUGGUCCUGGCAGGGAGCCUCACUGGUUCCGCACGCUGCAGAUGCGACGGCUUCGGGUGCAGCGAGGGCGCAGUAACAGUGACCCGUGGAGCAGGAAGAGCUGCCAGGAUCCCUCUGUCUGGAAACCACAGCUUCAGUUCGGAACAGCUACCUCGUACGUGAGUCUGGAGAAACUUGGUGAAGGCUCAUACGCGUCUGUUUAUAAAGGCAUCAGCAGGAUUAACGGGCAGCUGGUGGCGCUGAAAGUGAUUGAGACAAAGACCGAGGAGGGCGUGCCGUUCACCGCCAUCAGAGAAGCCUCUCUGCUCAAAGGCCUGAAACACGCCAACAUCGUCCUCCUCCACGACAUCAUCCACACUAGAGACUCGCUCACCUUUGUCUUCGAAUAUGUGCAGACGGACCUGGCCCAGUACAUGAACCAGCAUCCGGGGGGUCUGCACUCUCACAACGUACGGUGGGUCGGGGACGUGAAGGCUCCGCAGGGACGCACACGAGGUGAGCAACAAAACUCCCGCCAUCAGGUGCAGCACACCUGCCGUCCAACCGCAGAACAGCGCGUCCCCGAACUCCCAGCGCGGUACCACCUACGGCAGGGACUCGAAGAAGCGCCGCGCGGCCACGUGGGCGACGUACGAGACGGGAACCAGAACCAGAACCACGCACACAAGGCUCACCACCCCUCCCCACGUCUUCAUCAAUCUCUUGGCACGUCCGUCGCACACCUUGACCACGUGCAAGCCAGGUAUGGCGAGGCAGAGCGCGACUAGCCCAGCGCACACGAGCACGUGCGCCAGCUUGAUGUCACGGCACCGACACAGGAGCGCGCCGUGCACCUGCACCAUGCACGUCUCCCACAGGCCCAACUCGUACAUCUCCGCCGGAAGUAGCACCGUGGACAAGGUCAGCCACGCGGACAUGAGCGUGCACGCCAACAGCAACCACCAAGCGCACGCACACAGCGCGACCCCGACCAGCUCCAGAACUAGAGUGCUUGGGUCCAUGAUCUCCCCGAUUCUCAACAUCGGUUCUAAUUACGGCUUUUUAGGAACCCCCCUUCCUGGGAAUAGCCAGGAAGUGCUUCCUAACUUUUUUGGGGGGGGAAGGAGAUGACGAUUUUAAAAAUAAAAGUUAAAAAAAAAGAGCGUGAAUUUGUGUGAUAAAAUACUUAAGCCAACAUUUUUUAAAUGAGCGUAUUAUUAAUGAAAUGUUCAUCUAUCCGGGAGGAGCUCAGAGUAGAGCCGCUGCUCCUUCACAUCGAGAGAAGCCAGCUGAUGUGGCUCGGGCA